CUGAUUUCCUUUGGUUCGUGAUCUGUUCCUAUGGUCUCCUUUUUGUUUUGUUUGGAAGUUUGGAGUUCAGACCAAGAUUAAUCUUGCUCGUCUCAAACGAUAAGGUGGUUCCUCAAUCUACGAUCUCGACUUCCAACAAGCCUAUUGUGCUGAUCGGCAUGGAAUUUCAUCAUUUUCAGUAACGUUCUUUACUUCCCAUGGAGGCCGUAGUGUUCGAGGAUUCCCCUCUUGCGGAUUACCUCGAAGGUGGUGGAGGCCAUGAGUUAGAGCGCGCUCCAAGCCAUGAAGACGGAGACGGAGACGCCUCUUCAAAUACGUCGAGUCCCUCAUUCGCGCCCCGUGGCAAACCAACUCUGCGAUCGAAAUUUAGACACAAAUUACCUCCUCCUCUCCGCUUGGCGAUACCUGCAAAUAGUGCUGUUGCUGCUCUACACAAUACUUGCUCCAAGGCGGUCAAUUCCAGAUUAGGUCGCGCGGAUAAUGCGAGAUUUUUGGAACGAUUCCGGUACUUGAUAGUAGCUUCGCAGCUCCUAAAUGUGCACUCAUACCUAGGACAAGCAGCAUAUGUCCCUUCUCGAGAUGCGGCAGUACCCUCGCCAGAUGCUCCACAACUCGGAGCAUUUACACUUGCAGGAGUUACAAUUACAGCCUCCUUUUCUUUUGCCUUGGCUUGGUUAAUCCAUUGGGCAAAGGGCGGUGCAAGCUCGACUGCUGGAAAGGGACGGAUGGUUGUUCUAUUCGUUGUCAUAGUCCUGCUCGCAGUCACAUCGUAUGCGUAUAUGCGAAGGCAAUGGCUCCAGUACCUUCGACAACAGAGCAUCGUGGAGAUCUCGGAGUUCAUUGUCAAAGCUCACGAUUUCGACACAGCAGCUGCAGGCGCAUUAACGCUCGUCCAAGAGGUCGAGUUAGUUUCUCGUGGAUAUAGAAUAAGCAACCCCCUCCCUCCAAUAAGUCGACUCGAAGAUCGAAGCCAAUCUCGAAGAUGUGCACGGCUAAGGAAGCAACUUAGACUCUGUUUCGCCAUCGUGAUACCACGGUAUCAUCAAGGUUGUGCCAUUUUGAAGCCUUUCGCCGAAGAAAUGGACCUAGAGAAGUACUUUGACAUCUACGAUAUCAGCGACAGCGACUUCACGGAAGCAAUGGCGGGAUUUUCAGAGAAUGAAAUCGAAGAUGCCGAAUCUCUACGCGUCCUCAAGAUCCUAGCAGCGAGGUUUGAUAUCACGAGAAAGAUUUUCCUUUGCUGCUUGAUGGCAUUAGAUGCAGACGGUGGAAAGCCUGAUUUCGUUCGGUGGACCACUGCGGUUGAUGAAAUACAAGGUCUAGCUGCGGUGACAAGCGAAGCGGAGGAUCGGCUACUUCGCAUUCUCGGGGAAGAAGAGAGUUUUCCUGUACCUCCAACUCCGAAGAUUCCUUUAACACCAAGCCGGGAACGUUGGCGAGCACAGUUGCGGAAACUCAAUUCGCUUUCCUCGGGGAUCCGGGGGUUACAGGCAAAACUGCACGUGCUUCGCGAGGAAUCGGACAAGAACCUGAACGAGACAGAAGAUGUGUCGGAACUCGGCACAAAUUUGAUGAUCCAAUACGAAUCUAUUGGGAUUGAUCUGAAGGCUCUGAUGCAGGAAUGGGAAGAAGGGAAAGCCGCCUUAGCGUCUAAUAUCGACCGAAACGAACGUCGCAUUUCGUCGAUGAGUGGCAUGCUUUCCCCUACAUCUUCCCUAGGGGGCCUCACUGCUGUGGAUGAGGGCAGUGUUCUUGAUGCACUCAAAGCUUUGAAUGGCGAGUCACGAUCACGGAAUAGCAUGGACUUUAGCUCUUCUGAUGCCGAAGAAGUCUUUGAGGCUGUUGCAGUUCCACGUCAACGAAGUAAUCUGACGCGAGAAGAGCGGAUAGCGAAAAUGAAAGACGACAGGGUCAAAAGGGACUCUGUGAAGUCCAAAUCGGAAGCAAAUACAAAGAUGCUUAGGGAACUGGAGUCUGUCAUUAAUAUGCGGCCCAGAGGCAGAACAACAGCAGGCGGAAGAAUUACGUCGAUAUGAUACCCAUGCACUUGAUGAUUUCCUUUAAUUACAUGGAUUCUGCCUCUCGCUGGGGUUGAAUGAUACGCUGCGACGACGACAGGCUUUGCGAACAUAUUUUUCUCAACUGUAAUGUUACACAAGGAGCUAUAGAUAGCACGUCGCUGGAUAGCGCAAGAAUAUAAUCUAUUC